AUGUCCGAUCACCAGUACAAAUUCGACAUCACCAUGAGCUGCGGUGGUUGCUCCGGAGCCGUGGAACGAGUCCUUAAGAAGCUUGAUGGGGUCAAGUCCUUCGAUGUGAGCCUGGAAUCGCAAACCGCAACGGUUGUGACCGACUCCUCCGUGUCAUAUGAGACUGUGUUGGCGACAAUCAAGAAAACUGGAAAGACAGUUACCGGUGGGAGUGCGGAUGGGGAGCCCCAGAGUGUUUGA